GCUAAUUGUUUCUUUUUCGUUUUGUAGUCGAUGAUUGAGUGAAAAACACAGCAGGGUUCAGGGAUUUGGAAUUGGGGGAAAGAGCAAGGCGACGAUGGCAUCCGAAGCAGCGCCGGGGCACCUCCCUAAGAUCGAUUUCUCCGGGAUUGGCCCGGCGGAUAGCGGAUCACCCGCCUGGACCGCCGUCCGGAACCAGGUGAUGCGCGCCAUGGCCACCGUUGGCUGCUUCGAGGCAGUGUACGAUCGCGUCUCUCCUCACCUCCGCGACUCCCUCCUCCGCAUGGUCUCCCAGGAGCUGUUCCCGCUGCCUCGCGAGGUCAAAAUCAAGAAUAGCUCCGCUAGGCUCUACGGCGGCUACAUGGGUCAGAUCCCGGGUCUCGCCUACGAGAGCCUCGCCAUCACGGGCGCCUCCGAUGCCGACGCCGUCGACAACUUUUUCAGCCUACUCUGGCCCGAUGGAAACCCUCGUGCGAGCGAGACGACCCUCUCGUUCUCGAUUAAGGUGGCAGAGCUGGAGGAGAUGGUGAGGAGGAUGGUGUGCGAGGGCUUGGGAGUGGAGAAGUACCAAGCGGAGCUAUCGGAAUCCACCAUGUAUUAUAUGCUUCGUCUCAUCAAGUACGGGGAGGAAAAGGAAGGGGCGGAGGAGGUUAAGCUGUCGGGAUAUGAGGCUCACCGGGACACGAACACGUUCUCGGUGGUGUGUCAGUUGAACGAGGUGGAUGGAUUGGAGGUGGAGAUUGGAGACGACGAAGAGGAGUGGAUCUCGGCGAAGCCUAGUUCACCGGCCUCCUUUUUCGUCUUUGCUGGCAAUGCCAUCCGGGCAUGGACUAAUGGCAGGGUCGACGCACCGCCGCACCGGAUAACUGUGAGUGACCAGAACUUGAUUAGAUACUCUGCGAUCAUGUUCUUAGUUCCCCAGGACGACUAUGUGAUUCAAGCCCCGGCAGAGCUGGUGGACAAUGCCCACCCCGCCCUCUUCAAACCUUAUACGUACGGUGAUUUCUUGGGGUUUCUGGUUACAGAGGAGGGUAUCCAGGCCAAGGACAAGCUCGCCUCUUUCUGUGGGGUUGUUGCCUAAAGGUUACUACUAUAAGCGGCUGGAUUUUACUUAUUACGCUUUAUGUUCUCUCUGUUUUGUUUUUGUACCAUAUUAAAACUUGAACGAUAAAUAAAUCUUUAGUAUAUUAAAGUAAA